AUACAUAACGGAGCAAGCCUGGAGGUUCUGAACGCCAGAGUCCAGAUACAGCAGACAAACCCCGCAAACCAGCUCUCAUGAACAUAUCAUCUACGGCGGUCGCCUCUGGAUCGAUUUCUGCUCCCCUCCUCUGCACAGCGAGGUGCUUGUGGCUGUCUAACGUUUCGUCUUGCUGAACGAACAACCUCCCGACGCCAACAUGUCUUUCCGACGCCACGACGACCACGACAUGGGCGGCAUGGACAUGGGCAGCGACACCGGAGGCAUGGGCAGCAACUCGACCUCCACCAUGUCCGGCAUGUCCAUGACCUUCUUCCUCUCGUCGCGCACGCCGCUCUUCUCGACGCAGUGGACACCCACCACCGACGGGCAGUACGCCGGCAUCUGCAUCUUCCUCAUCGUCCUCGCCGUCCUACUGCGCGUCCUGCUCGCCCUCCGCCGCAUCCUCGAGACCCAGCUCUGGCGGCGGACCGCGGCCGCCACCUCCGAGGCCUUGGCCAAGUCGGACGUCGACGACGAAAAGAUCCGGCUGCUCGCUGGACAGCCACGCCAGUCGCUGGCCAUUGUCAAGAGGGACGUCCAGCGCAAGUGGUCUGGCUGGCGGGUCUCUGUCGCCACGGCGAGGGCGACGUACGAGCUCUGUAUUGCGGGGAUUGGGUAUCUUCUCAUGUUGGCCGUCAUGACGAUGAAUCUGGGCUACUUCCUCUCGGUGCUCUCGGGGAUUUGGUUGGGGACAUUUGUUCUGGGCGGUCUCUCCUUGGACCACACGGGCAGCAUCCACUGAUAGAGGGGACUUGGGGGUAUGGCUCACGUACCACGACGGGAGCUAGGCGAGAGAGCGCGCAAUGACUCUGGUGAUCGAUGAAGUGAAGCAGAUUUCAUAUCUUGGGGAUU